CGUAUAAGUGGCCAAAAUGGAAAAGUACAUUUCUUAUGUAUGUAUAUGCUGGCCACGGGCAAAGACAAAGAACCCGAGUCAAAAAGAAUAGCCACAUUUCUAUGGUUGGCUGGAUCAAAGGCAACAGAAAUCUACAACACAUUGUUUCCCAACGAUGGAUCUGCGAGUGGAAUGGUCGGUUGCAGCAUUACUAAUUCGGAGCCUACUUCUAGCAGUGCGGUGGUUGUUAGCCGACCUUUGGAGGAUGUUCUCAAAGCUUUUGAUGAAUACAGCAUCCCAAUGAAAAAUAUCACCAUGGAAUCGUAUAAAUUCAACAGUAUUGCACAAGCAGAGGGUCAGCCGUUUGUGGAAUUUGAGACAAAGUUACGAAAGCAGGCCCAGUUAUGCGAUUUUAAAUGUGAGUGUGGAAAGUCGUUUGAAAAUCGAAUGUUAAUUGAUCGUCUGAUCAUUGGAGUUAAUAUCACAUCAUUGAAACUAAAGUUAUUGGAGUCAAAGAAGAAAAAUCUGGAGGAUAUCAUUAUUGAAUGUAAAAGUUUUGAAGCAGAAACAAAACAUAACGUGCUUCUACAAAGAAACGUGGAUCAGUGUCAAAGCAUACGUGAAGGUGAGGAAACAGAAUCUGGAGCAGUAUUUGGAUCCAGUCAUGUAAAGGAAUGUCGAGCAAAGGAAAUAAGCUGUUUUAAAUGUGGAAAGUUGGGACAUUUUACGAAAUUUUGUAAGCAGCCGAAGGCGCAAAAGAAUUGGAAAGCGGAAAGAGCUAAAAAGAGGUCAUCAAACGUUAUUUAGAUUGAAGACUCAGAAUAAGUGACUGUAGUUCGGAUAAGUUGAAAUGGAUGAAAUCGUAUGAAAUUCAAGGAAAAAUUAUAAAGUUUAAAGUCGAUACAGGAGCUGAUGUAAACUGCAUCCCAAUUAGUUUAUUUAAAACCCUUAAGCUAAAAGUUAAAAACAAAACAAUUUUGAUUUAUGAUUAUAAUCAUGCGAAAGUAAAUAAUUU